AUGGCAUCGCGCCAAAUGGAACUCGGCGGCGUAUAUUUGACCAAUCAACGCACAGUUUGCAAUCCAAGUCCCCGACGUCACUUGUGGAAGCCGACGAGCGAUGGCGCAACCGGGUACGCGCGCCGACCUUGGCAUAGCACCGCACCGACCUCGCUGCGUGUAGUUCCCUUCCGCAACCCGAGCGCGCCGUACCAGCCGCGCCGCGCGGGCUUCAACCCCCAGUACCCAGCGCCAGCGGCGAACGACUUUUUCGACGGAUCCGCCCACACGGGCAGCGACAAUGGCAGUGGCAAUGGGUACCCCGACCAGCGCCAGGCGUACAACCGCGGCCACGUCACGCCACAGGAGCCCAUGUACGGCCAGUCCCAAGGCAUGAUGGGCCAGCCGCAAGGCAUGAUGGGCCAGCCACACGGUAUGAUGGGCCAGCCGCACGGUAUGAUGGGCCAGAGCGCGCCGCCAAUGGGCGCGUUCUUGGGCCAGGCCAUGGGCAGCAGCAGCCCCGAAGAACUUCUCAACAACCCGAUGGCCGGCUACAUGAUGUCGCAGGGCGUGGGCUUUAUGGAAAACAAGAUCUCGUCGUUCGUACCGGGCGCGAAAGGAGCGUUUGGCUCGGUCAAGUACUACUUUACCGUCAACAACUUGUAUGUGGUCACGCGCCUCAAGAUGCUGCUUGUGCCCUAUCUGCACAGCAACUGGCGCCGCCGCACCGAGCCUGGCGAAGCCAACGGCGAGAUCAUGUACAAGCCGCCGUCCGAAGAUGUGAACGCGCCGGAUCUGUACAUCCCGCUCAUGAGCUUUGCCACGUACAUUCUUCUCGUCGGCUUCAUCAAGGGCACGUCGGGCCAGUUCAACCCCGACGUCAUUGGCGACGUGGGCAUGUAUUGCGUCAUGCUGCAGUGCCUCGAGAUUGCGGUCAUGAAGGCGUGCUUGCACGUGCUCAACAGCAGCGUCUCGUUCCUCGACCUCGUCUCGUUCACAGGCUACAAGUACGCGCCGCUCGUGCUCAACACGGUCGUGCGCAUGCUAUUGGGGUCCAUGGCGUACUACAUGGCGCUCAUCUACACGGGCUUGACGACGACCUAUUUCAUGCUGCAGUGCCUCAAAGGCUCGGUGCCCGAGCCUAACUACGAGUCGCGGCGCUUCCGCACGUACAUGCUCCUCGGGUUGUCGGCGGCCCAAAUGCUGCUCAUUUGGUGGAACUCGUACACGGGCGAGAUCCAGGCGUAA